CCACGACUCUGGACACUUCCCGCAGCUCUCCAUACCUUUGACGCAAUCGCUUUCAGUGGGCUCUGUCAUUCUACCUUCUAUCUUCUACCUAAUUGGAGUCCUGUCACUCUCUUGCUUCCAUUCUCCGACUGCAAUUCGACUCCCCUAUUCCGAUAUCUCUUUGUACACAACUUGGUUGUUCCAGCCUUGUCGGAUACCGAUCUAUCUCAUCUCCCAACAUGGCGAGCAGGGCUGCCAACAAACGGGUAUGUAUUCUCAAUACCCCAGAUCAAACGCCAGAACCAAAGACUAACAAGACAUAGCUUACCCGAGAGUAUAAAACAAUAUCAGAACACCCUCCACCAUUCAUCAAAGCGCAUCCCUCCGAAUCCAACAUCCUUGAGUAUAUUCCCUCAACCUCUCUCUUAUUCCCGCACUAACCCCUCCUCAGAUGGCAUUAUAUCCUCACCGGCCCUCCUGAUACCCCAUACCAUAAUGGACAGUAUUGGGGUACACUCGUCUUCCCACCCAACUACCCCUUUGCCCCGCCAGCGAUUCGCAUGUUCACUCCGUCUGGUCGAUUCCAACCCUCGACCCGGCUAUGUCUCUCCAUCUCCGAUUUCCACCCCAAAUCUUUCAAUCCAGCGUGGGAAGUUAGCACCAUUUUAAUCGGACUUCUAUCAUUCAUGACCAGCGAGGAGAUGACAACAGGAUCAGUUGGAGGAACCGAUGCCGAACGCAGAUGGGCAGCUGGACGAACAAGAUGGUGGAACAGCACUGGAGGUGGAACUUGGAAGCCCGAUGGAGGACCAGUGCAGAAAGGAAACAUCAAAGCAGGAGAUGGCGGUCAAAAGUUUAGAGCAGAAUGGCCAGAUCUGGAUGCGGAGAAUUGGAAGUGGAUGAAGGAGAAUCGAAUCGACCCAACGACCGGAAGUCCCGCCCCAGAUCCAAAUGCACCUGCAUCAUGUGGGCCCGUCACGGGAUUGAGAAGACCAAGCGGAAGCCAGGCUGUUGUGGGUGCAGUUGUUGAAGGCGGUCGGGCUGUUGGCGAAGAAGGAAGAAGCUGGAUUGGUCGACAUAAGAUGCUUAUUGCUGGGAGUGUCAUUUUCUUCUAUGUCCUCAUCGCUCGGUUACUUGGAGAGGGCGGUAUCUGAUUUGGAAAGACAUUUGUACCAGUAAUUUCUUCAUUUGUCAUUAUAGUCCAGCGAGGCGUCACGGUCAAGGGGAGUGCAGACGGUUUUAUAAGUACAAGGCAGUACGUAAAACUGCAUAAAGGAUAAUGAGGGGUAUUUGCCAUCUCGUUCAGCGCUGUUUUUUUUUUAAUUUCAAUGAAAGUUGUUAUUUUACUUGCUCUUACAUUUGAAAACAAAGUUAAGGGAUCGAGGUGUAGGUGAAAUUCGCAAGUGCGAGUGUACACCAUGAAUGCGGUCAGGGAUUGCCCGAUUUCUUUACUGCCCUAUAUACAUCGUUAUAUACCUGACGUCUUUCCUAGAAUUUCAACGCCUCUCGCGCGAGAAAUAUACAAAAUUUGCUUCCUCGCCAAAAUUCAGUUGCUCACAAGGAUUGAGGACUGAGAGAACUGGUCAUUCAACGCUUUGCACCACUGUGUGACACGAUUAAUCUAUU